AUCAGAGCCCAAGUCGGCUAUCGAGUGCUUCGAACCACCCAAUUCCCUACCGGUGGACCUUUUUUGAGCAGUGAACCCCUCCUCGCAAGACUGGGCCUUUUCCAACGGCUGUCGUCUACCACAAUUGGGUGACUAGAGGGGUUGUGCCGUAACCCAAAAGAAAUCAAAAGUUCUUGUUCUGAGUUUUUGCAUACAUCGGCGCAAAAACAAACAACCUAAAAGGGAGAGAGAGAGUGUGUGUGAACUCCAACGACUUACUUGGGUCGCAUGGAAAUCCGCACCUGUACAAUUGCCCCCUCACAUCCCAACUGACUCACUUUUACAUCUAUCAAAUAAUCUAUUUUUAGUCGCUGAAGUCUUGUCAUCACCAUGCCACCGAAGACAGGAAGGGGCCGCAAGGUAACCGCCGCGCCGCGAGAAAAGGCGGACGGUGCCGGAAACGAAAGCCCAGCUGCAGGACCAUCCCGUGCAGCCGCAACAGCCUCGCCUUCGACCCGAGGGCGCAAGUCCACUGGAGGCGCCAGAGGGGGUAAGCGACCGGCCGAUGCAUCGAGAAAAUCAGAUGUCCAACCUGGCGAUCCUACCCCGAAAGGCCGUCACCGCCGUUACAGGCCGGGUACUGUUGCCCUCAAGGAAAUCCGCAAAUAUCAACGCUCUUAUGACCUCCUUCUCCGCAAACUCCCAUUCGCAAGACUUGUGCGCGAAGUCGCAUUGGAUCUACUCCCCGCAGAUGUGGGAUCUGAAUUGCGCUGGCAAUCGCAAGCUAUCAUGGCGCUGCAAGAGGCCGCGGAGGCCUUCCUUGUGCAUCUAUUCGAGGACACCAACCUGUGUGCUAUACACGCGAAGCGAGUAACCAUUAUGCAGAAGGACAUCCAACUUGCUCGGAGAAUCCGUGGCGCAUGGGGUGGAUUGGGCUGAACGCGCGUUUGUCCUUGAGACGCAGUUAAGAGAAACAAGCAUACGGUGGAGAGAGCACCUGGAGAGUUUUUGAAUCUUCUCGAUCAUUAUAUUUCCGUUGUUGUCUGGUUUUCUACAAUCUUGGCAUCCUCUAUUAUAUCUGACGGCAAUUUCCUCCCGAAUCUUUGCCGGUUGGUGUAUAGGUUGCAGGCGUAUGGUCGGUUAUGGAGUUAUGUCCAGAGCAGGUCUUCUGAAUUGUUUGUGUUAGGACUACCAUUGUGAUUUAUUGUCCAUAUCAAGGCCGUAGGGUCUGUCAGUGUGGUGUGAUCCGUGUAUAAUAGAACAUGGGUGUCUGCGAAGAGGAUUUCUUCUCGUCUUGGGAGAAGGGGUUUAGGAGAAGCUGUAUACUUCCCGAAAAUUCAUCAUCGCAUACCUGAAUGAAGGAAUCUUAAUUCUAUUGAUACGAACCUUAGCAGAACAUGUGUAUACUAGGUAGCAUACGUAGCGCUCAGCCGGGUACUAAGCAGCAGAACAGGCCAGGGCAUCAAGAU